AUGGCCAGGAUCCAGGUGGCUGCCGGUAUAGUUCUCAUUGGUGGGGCCUUUCGUCGCUUCUCUCCCGGCCUGAAUGUCUGGAAACGACGCUUUACCAGGCUCACCAGCUUCACGGCCGGCUCGAUGUUUGUCAUUACCGGUAUACGUGAAGUUUCCUACUUUGACAACCCGCACUCGAAUCCCCUCUAUGUGGAGAUCCAGUUGGCAAGAGAACUAUCCUUGUUGAACCCAGAAAACAAGGGCGUGGUGAACAGAGGUAGCUACUGGUUGGGGCCUAAGAAUUUCAUGCCCAUGAACAAUGAACAGUACUGGAAGAUGGUUUACACUAUGGAGGUAAAUGAAAUAAUGGCCGACCAAUACCUCGAAUCUCCAUUGUUGGUUCAGUAUAAAGAGAUUCUAGACAGAAAAUAUGGUCCAGACUCAAAGGUUGACUUGAAGGCAAGAGAAUUGACGGCUAGAAUUGAAGACAUCACCAAGGGCGAUGCCGGAUUGCCUGUUCAUUCUUGUAUGAGUGAAAGCAGCAAUGUAUUUCCCCUGUUCACUAGGGAACUGAACACAAAGAAGUCUCAAACGUUGAACUUUUGGACAGUCAACAACCCACUGGAUUCGCUUCAGCUACAGGAAUACAAAGAUUUCUACUCUUACGAAUUUCCUAGAAUGAAAUACCCAGAAGUUUCCAAAUGA